GUCAUUUUCAUGUGUUUACUGUAACCUCAAAAAUUUGUUAUUAUUAUAUUUUUAAUUUUUUAUUACAAUCAUUUGAUGAGAAUUUUCUAUACUGUAUAAUGAAGAAAGUUAAAUCAGCCAACAGGCCAAAAUUUCCAAAUACACGCAAAACUCUACGUAAGGAGAAAAGGAAGCAAAAAAAAGUUAAUCGGCAAGAUCAUUAUUUAAGAAAGAAAACUGAAUCCAUUCAACCUAAAUACGUUGCAGGAAAGUUCGUUAAACGACCAACUGAUAGCCCAGUCCACAAUGAUGAACCAAAGAAUAAAAAACCCAAAGCAAAUGUUGAAACCACUCAAGAUAUUCUAUUAAGGCAGCUAAACAGAGAAAGAAAUGAAGCCAAUAAGCUCAAAUCACAGAUGAAUGAUCAAAGGAAGAAAAUAAUGAUUGAAGCGAAUGAGAAUGAAGAUAAGGUGAUCAAAAAACUAGAAAAACAACUAAAGCUUAAUAAAUCUAAGAACAAGAAUAAUUAUUUUGCUGACGAUGGUCUUGAUUAUUUACUCGAAAUCUGUGAUAGGGCAACAUCAGAGCAGAUUGUAGCUGCAGAAAAACAUUUAGCUGAUGUAGAGCAUGACUCAGACUUUGAAGAAGAUUUGGCUGUAGUUACUGGUAAAGAAUUGCCCACAAAGAAUAAAAAAGACAAAAAACUAAAACAUAAAGAUAUAUCUGAAAACGAUUCUGAAGAUAGCAUUGAUUCAGAUGGUGAUGAAAUAGAUUUUGAUGAAGACGAUAAUGCUUAUUCAGAUAGUGGUGAAAGUCACCCAGAUAAUGAUGAAAGUGAAAUAAGUGAUGAUGAUGAUAAUGAAAGUGAAAAUAGUGAACUAGAUGACAACAAAGUAGAGAAUAAAACGAAUAAAAAAUCAAUAACUAAUAAUAAAAAAAUUAAAGAUGUUAUAAAUAAUUUUAACCAGAGUGAGUUAAGUGACAAUAGUAUUGAUAAAAGUGAAAACAGUAAAUUGGAUUUUAAUGAAGAAGUUCAUACCAAAAAACCUAAUAAUAAGCAAUCCAGUAAAGAAAAAACAUCUAAAGCACAGUCAAAGUUUGUUAAAGAAAGAAUUAUUUCCGAAGAUGACAUUAGUAAAGUAUUCAGCGAUGACGAAGUUUCCAAUUUGUCGGGAGAUGAAGAUUUUUCUGAAGAUGGCAACAAUGAAAGUUCUGAAUUGAUAGAGAAGGAAAAACCAGAUGUUUGGGAAGAUAUUUAUGGACGGAAAAGGGACAAAGAAGGGAAUAUAAUAAAGGAAGAAAAAGGAAUAUACAUUCCGCCACAUUUAAGGGAUAAGGAUUCUGCGUCAGACAAGGAACUGGCACAGAUCAAACGUCAAAUUAAGAGUGUCCUCAACAAGCUAGCCGGUACAAACCUCCACUGGGCUUGCACAUCAAUAGAGAGCCUGUACUCCAGCAGCAGUAGGAACUCUGUGAACACCGCUCUCACACAGCUGUGGCUGGACGCUACAGUGGGCCCGUCCCUUACCCCAGACAGAAUGCUCGCGGAACAUGCCGCGCUCAUAGCGGUGUUACACGCCAACGUCGGCUCGGAAAUAGGUGCCCAUUUCCUAGAAGUGCUAUCAAGGAAGUUUGACGCCAUGAUGGAAACUCCGCAACCGGUAGUGAAUAAAACUUUAGACAACCUUGUGGCGUGUCUGGCGCUUUUGUAUAGUUUUAAGAUAUACCACGCAUCAUUGCUCUACGACAUCCUAACACGUUUAGUUGAUGAGUUGAGCGAGAAGAACAUAGACUGUGUGCUGACGGCCUUGAGAAAUGUGGGAGGAGUCUUAAGGAAGGAGGAGCCAGCGGCGCUCAAGACGUUUAUCCACGACACCCAAACUAAGAUCACUAAGUUGAAUCAGAAUGCCGAAACCGGGUCUCGGAUAAAAUUCCUGCUGGAAGUGCUACUGGCGGUGAAGAACAAUAACCUGAACAAGAUCCCCAACUACGACCCCUCGUACGUGGAACACCUAAAGAAGUUGAGUCGAGGCGUCGUGCGGCGCGGGAACUAUGUCACCACCCUCAACAUAAGGCUGGAAGACUUGUUGAAAGCUCACGAAAGGGGCAAGUGGUGGGUGGUGGGGUCCGCGUGGGAGGGCAAUCGCGUCCAAGAGGACAAGCCGACGGUCAAGCUGCCACCGACCAUUGACCAGAAGCUGUUGGAGUUGGCGCGCCGACAGCGCAUGAACACCGACGUGCGGAGAAGCAUAUUCUGCGUCAUCAUGGCCGCUGAGGACUACAUGGACGCGUUCGAGAAACUUCAACACCUGGGGCUCAAGGGCCAGCAGGAAAGGGAAGUUGUGCACGUGUUGUUGGCGUGCUGCCUGCAGGAGGCCGCGUACAACCCGUACUACGCGGUGCUCGCGCAGAAACUCUGCGACUACGACCGGAAGUACCAGUUGUCAAUACAAUAUACCAUCUGGGACAAAAUAAAGGAGUUAGAUUCACUCUCCAAGCACGGCGUGGCCAACUUGGCGCAGUUCCUGAUCCACCUCAUCAUGGGGAAAGCGUUAGCGCUCUCAGUUCUGAAGAUAAUCCAAUUCUCCGAUCUGAACAAAACGAUUGUGAGAUUCAUGCGUCAAAUCCUACUCGCUAUAAUCAUGAACGCGGACCUCACAGCGUCGCUGGAAGUAUUCCAUAGAAUAUCCAAACCUCCCAAACUGCAUAUGUUCAGAGAAAGUCUGCGAUUGUUCAUACAACACUUCCUGAUCAAGAAUGCGGGGAGGAAAACUACCGUUCUGAACGACGAAGAGAUGGCAACACUGAAGGAAAGGGCGAUAGAAGUAGAUAGGAUAUUAACUUUGUACGAAAAUAAGUUGCAACUCUGAUUAUAUGUUUAUUUUUCGUUA